AUGGACCCAGCCCCCCCAGCGCGCUCUGAAUAUCUGGUCUCAGGGACUCGAACCCCCCCCGUGAGGAGGAGCAGCAAGCUGGCCACGCUGGGCAGGAUCUUCAAACCCUGGAAAUGGAGGAAAAAGAAAACCGAGAAGCUGAAGCAGACGACGUCCGGUGAGUGCCGGGGAGGGGCCCGUUCACGCAGCGAGGCGCUCGGCGAAUCUUUGCUGGAAAGGAUCAGGCAGGAUGCCGAAAGCAAAGCCUGCAACCCUGACGGAGGCCCCCGAGCCACACGCAGCAACCCGUCCACCCCCGAGCAGGAGGCGCUGACCCUGGAAGAGGCCCGGCCGGGAAGUCCCCUGGCCACCGGGAUGGACCAGGAUCCCCCGGAGAAGCCACUGUCCUCAGACGCCCAUUCGGAUGAUGCAGCCAAGAUGCCGUCAGCAUCCAGAGGUGAAGACGCAGACGCCACCGGCAGCCUUCUGCCCACCACGGACGAGUCCUCGCAAGCCUUAGCUGGGUCUGACGCCCUGGACAGUCCUCCCGGAACUCUGGAGAGAGCCAUGGGCCAGCUCCCCAGCCCUCCGCUGCUGCCCACCCCACCGCCCAAGGCCGUCCCCAAAGCCACGAAGAAUGUCACAGGUGAGUCUGUGAGCGUCGGCCAGGCUGCGGGGGCAAAGAGCGCAGACCCUCCCCUGCGAGGACAGCUCACCACGCCCACGGGGUCCCCCCACCUCACCACCGUCCACCGGCCGCUGCCCCCCAGCCGCGUCAUCGAGGAGCUGCACAGGGCGCUGGCCACCAAGCACCGCCAGGACAGUUUCCAAGGCAGGGACGGAAGAGGGUCCCCGAGGAAGCGGGUGGAUGUCCGCCUGUCGAGAACGUCCAGCGUGGAGCGGGCCUGGAGCUUCGACGGGGCCGCGGCGAAGGAGUCGGAGGAGAACAAGGAAAACCUGCUCUCGAGCUCCGGCCCGGAGGGCGACCUGCUCCUGUACCAGGACGAGGAGGCGCUGAAUGAUUCUGUCAUCUCCGGAACGCUGCCGCGGAAAUGCAAGAAGGAGCUGCUGGCGGUGAAGCUGCGGAACCGGCCGAGCAAGCAGGAGCUGGAGGACCGCAACAUCUUCCCCAGGAGGACGGAUGAGGAGCGGCAGGAGAUCCGGCAGCAGAUCGAGAUGAAGCUCUCCAAACGGCUGAGCCAGAGACCCGCCGUGGAGGAGCUGGAGAGGAGAAACAUCCUGAAACAGAGGAACGACCAGACAGAGCAAGACGAGAGGCGAGAGAUCAAGCAGAGGCUGACGAGAAAGCUGAAUCAGAGACCCACAGUUGACGAGCUCAGAGACAGGAAAAUUCUGAUACGGUUCAGUGAUUACGUGGAGGUGGCGAAAGCACAGGACUACGACCGACGAGCCGACAAGCCCUGGACGCGGCUGUCGGCCGCAGACAAGGCAGCAAUUCGUAAAGAACUGAAUGAAUACAAGAGUAACGAAAUGGAGGUGCACGCGUCAAGCAAGCAUCUGACAAGGUCAGAUUUCCAUUUGUGUGAAUUUGGGGAUACUCAUAGCGUGGUGUUUAUUAAAGAGAAAUGUAUGGAAGAAGUACGUAUCCAGGUAAACAAAUGCAGCAUCUCUGUCGGGAACCACAUUGUGCGGAUAAUGCUGCUCGAUUGA